ACAAGAAAUCACGUGAUCCCUAAAGGUAAAGAGGAGCGCACCUAAGUGUUCGCGGAAGUAACUCGUUGUGUUACUGUGGAAUUUUACAAUCUCGAUUACAUGUCGACUCAAGUUUUUCGGACAGCUGAAAUGUCUGAUGCAACGUCUUCAUUCUGGCUCCGGUUGAUUUUACUGGCCAUUUUCAUCCCUUCUUCCUCCGGUGACCGGAUAAAUGUGACUGCUGUGUUUGGCAAAAACACAACUCUGCCAUGUCAAGCUUUAAAUGGUAAAACCAUUAUUGGCCUAGAGUGGAGUAGACCUGAUCUGGGGAAAAAAUAUGUCCUUCUGUACCGGGACAAUCAAUCUGAUCCUACCAAACAGCAUCAGUCUUUUAAGAACCGGGUGGUUCUGCAGGACAAUCAGAUGACAGAUGGAAACGUGUCUUUGAUUCUGAAGAAUGUUACGACUGCUGAUGCUGGUAUAUAUCAGGUUCGCAUAAGCAGAAAACGCUGGAAGAGAGCAUAUCUGGACAGUGAUCCCAUCUGCACCUUCAGCCUGAGUGUUGUUGAUCCUCCAGGGCCACCAAGACAAGAGAAAGAUGGAGGCAAGACUGAACUGAUAGUUGGUCUGACAGUUUCAGUUUUGGUUGUUGUUGUUGUUGCUGCAUUUGCAGUUGUUGUGCAAAAACAAUGUGCCCACUGUAAAUAUACGGCACUACCCUCUGAAACACAAGUGUAAACAAUAGUAAGACAAUAAGUGUAACUACAGUAUACUAUACUGUAAACACAGAUGUGUCUACAAUAUACUAUAGUGUAAGCCAGUAGUAUUCUAAGCCUACAUUACAUUACACUGUGACCUUACAGUACACCAGACUGUAAACACAGGUGUACCUGCACUAUACUAUUGGCAUGGGUGUAUCUUCACUACACUCUUAGCACAUGUGUACAUACACUACCAUGUGUACAUACCCUACAUGUGUUCACAUUUAUGCAUACCCUACAUGUGUUCACA